AUGUGGGUAUCCCAAGUAUGUGGCAGGUUAAACCUGAGGAUUGGGAUUGUACUUGCCGCCGUUUUCGGCCUCAGCAAAGGAACUUGGGACACUCUAAACAAAAUAGAAAAGCGAAAAAACAUAUGGGUAACUUGGGCUGAACAAGUUAAUCAAAGUAGUAUAUGUCUUGCUUUAGCUACAGCUUCUGAUCCCUUUAGAACGUGCUUAGUAGGUGUACCGAUGCCAAAUAUAGACUACACACAUUUUAAAUUUAAUAUGUACAAAAAUGUCUCUGACAUUCAGGAAUUUAACAUAUUAGGCUCAGCACCAGCACAAAAUUGUGUUAAAUUUGACCCUCAUCAUAAUCAAGAUAACCCAAUAAAUGUUUCCUCUCACAGACCCUAUAAUGAGACCGCUUAUUGCCAGAGCAUUACCGAGAAAACCGUUAUAACCUCUAACACAGGCUAUCUCCCUGGAGGGCAAUUUCUUGUUUGCGGUGACAGAGCUUGGCAAGGAAUUCCCAGGAGCCCGGAAGGAGGACCCUGUUAUAUAGGCCAUCUGACGAUGUUUGCACCUGACAUAAUGACAGUUCUUAACACCAAUCGUACUCAUGUACGUCGUAAAAGAGCAACCACUCAAUUAAACUCAGAGUGUCAAGAUACUGUCACACUUUGGGAUCGUCCAGAAGUUGUUUUAGCCAGCCUUUUUGCUCCUGGUGUAGCAUCUGCCCAAGCUCUCACGCAAUUAAGAAAGUUAGCUUGCUGGACAGGGAAACAAAUAAACAUCACAACAAAAAUUUUGUCAGAAUUAGCUAUGGACGUAGAUGGAGUCCGACACGCAAUCCUUCAAAAUCGAGCUGCCAUAGAUUUUUUACUCCUCGCACAAGGUCAUGGGUGUGAUGAGUUUGAAGGCAUGUGCUGCAUGAAUCUAUCGGAUCACUCUAAUUCCAUUCACAAGCAAUUAGCACAGUUGAAAGAUAAUAUGCGAAAGUUACAGGAAACAAGUGAUCCUUUUACAAAUUGGUUAGCAUCUUUUGGGUUAUCCUCCUGGCUUAUUUCCUUAAUAGAGAAAAUUGUUUUGGUAGUGGUCAUAAUAUUGUUAGCAAUUUUGCUUUUACCAUGUAUCAUGCAAUGCUUGCAAAGAAUGAUAACGAAUGCUUUUGAUCGCAAGAUGGCUAUGUUGACUAUUAAAGAAAACAGGGGAAGUGUAGAGAGCUUGACAUCAGAAUGGCUAAGCAGAAGAGGCCACGAUACCAUACAGUUGGUAGAAAUGUAG